AUGGGUCAGACCUUGUCCGAGCCGGUGGUCGAGAAAGUAUCGUCCGAGGGCGAAGAUGAAUGCUGCGUAUACGGAGUGUCAGCCAUGCAAGGCUGGCGAAUCAGCAUGGAGGACGCCCACGCCGCAGUCCUAGACCUACAAGCCAAGUACACGGGCUCGGGCGAGCAGAAACCGACCGAGGCGGACAAGCGCCUUGCUUUCUUUGGUGUCUACGACGGCCACGGAGGAGACAAGGUUGCGCUAUUUGCGGGGGAGAAUCUCCACAAGAUUGUUGCCCAGCAAGAGUCUUUCGCCCAGGGCGAUAUUGAACAGGCUAUGAAGGACGGCUUCCUUGCUACUGAUCGGGCUAUUUUGGAAGACCCAAAAUAUGAAGAAGAGGUGUCCGGUUGCACUGCGUCCACCAGUAUUAUCUCCAAGCACAAGAUCUGGGUUGCCAACGCAGGUGACUCCCGAUCGGUUCUCGGCGUCAAGGGCCGCGCAAAGCCCCUCUCUUUUGACCAUAAGCCCCAGAAUGAAGGCGAAAAGGCCCGUAUUAGUGCCGCUGGUGGCUUCGUCGACUUCGGACGUGUCAACGAAAAGCGCCGAGCUCUCCCCGAGCAACAGAUCGUGACCGCAUACCCUGAUGUGACCGUGCACGACCUGACUGAUGAUGAUGAGUUCCUUGUCAUCGCCUGUGACGGUAUCUGGGACUGCCAGUCGUCCCAAGCCGUGGUUGAAUUCGUACGGAGGGGCAUCGCCGCCAAGCAAGACCUCUACCGCAUCUGCGAGAACAUGAUGGAUAACUGCUUAGCUUCCAACAGCGAGACCGGGGGAGUAGGAUGCGAUAACAUGACCAUGACCAUCGUUGGUCUGCUCAACGGCAAGACUAAGGAGGAAUGGUAUAACAUGAUUGCGGAGCGGGUUGCGAACGGAGACGGGCCCUCCGAGUUCCGUGGCCCAGGGAUCCGGAAUCAAUUCGAAGAACAGCCGGACGAAUAUGACCUGGAGAUGGAGCGCUCGCGCGCUUUCAGUGUCCACCAGGGCGGCCGGAUCAUCUUGUUAGGCGAUGGCACCGAGGUCAUUCCCGACCAGCACGACGAAGAAUUGUUCGACCAGACGGAUGAUCACGACCAGAACCAGCCGCCAGCCUCCGCUCGUGAGGACACCCCCGGCCCCCAGGGCAAGGAAUCGCAAAUAUCCGAGUCCCCGGCCUCCACGGAGGACAAGUCGAAGAACUCGUAG